AUGUUCAACACUCACAUCAAGAUUACUGGCAGAUCCAUCUACAAGCAUCCUCGUCGCAUCGGUCGCAUUAGGAAAUAUCUCAGUAAUGACACCUGCCAGACAUUAAUUCAUGCUGUUCUAUCUGCUAAGCUUGAUUAUGGGAAUUCAUUAUUAUUUGGACUGCCGGACAAUAGCAUCAAUCUUCUUCAACAUGCUCAAAACACUGCUGCAAGAAUCAUCACCCACACUAGAAAAUAUGAUCACAUAUCUCCAGUUCUACAGAACUUACAUUGGCUACCUGUUCGUUAUAGGAUUGACUACAAACUUAUGCUGUUGACAUUCAAAGCUCUGAAUGGACUUGCUCCAAACUACAUUCUUGAUCUACUUCAUGUGUACACACCCAGUCGCUGUCUUCGUUCUUCCAAUAAGAAGCUUCUCCAUAACACUAACUACAGACAGAAAACAUAUUGUGGACGUGCCUUCUCAUAUGCAGCUCCAAAACUCUGGAAUGACCUUCCACUUGAUCUUCAUGAAGUUACUGAUGUCAAUAUUUUUAAAACGAGACUUAAGACCUACUUGUUCAGCAAAGCCUACAGUGUGGGAUAA